AUCAUAAUAAACCACAACAAACUUAUUUACUACAUGUAGAAGAGCAGUCCAAGAUUUCCUCACCGACAUUUGAUUUGCGUUACACACAACCACUGCAAACAUUUUGUAAGCUCAGUCUCUUAAGCGACAUCAACACAUAAGAGUAUGCCUGGUAAGACUGCAGAAGUGAACCCUCUCCUGGCCAGUAUUGACGAUGUGGUGAUUGAUGAAAAUGGUCGAUUCAAAUACAUUCUGUGUAAAGUGUAUCAGGAUGGCAAUAAGGAAGAUUCCAAAAUGAUUGCCAGAGGUACAAGACAGGCGGAGUUCCAUGCUGACAUCUAUGAUCACCUGGAUGCAUUUCUGGAGGAGUUGGGCGUCACUUGUGAGUGUGUGGGUGGAGGGAAGAUUGAACAUGACUCCAUUGCUAAAACCAUCACAGUAUUUGGGCAUUCUCAGGGUUAUGGUAAAGCUGACCAUUCUAUCACAGUGCGACUCUUGAAAGAAAAAUUCCCAGACUACAACAGUAUAACGUGGUCAGACGAUUAAAAGCCCCGCCCCCGCCUGGUGUUUGUGUGUAAACAUUAUCUUUUUUUUUGUUAGGAACAAGUUACUGUAAAUAACUGUUUAUACUUUUGUACAUAACUAUGUUAUUGUAUGUUUUUUCUUGUUGUGAAAUAUAUUCAAAUGGUGUUUGGUAGCCACAAGACAGUUGCUGACAGUGUGGUAAUUACUGGCUGUUAGUGUAUACUGUGUGUGUGAUACUGGAUCUGCAGUUGACUUAUUUUAAAGCUUGUUUUGAUUGAGUAACAGCUCAUUCUAUUUAAAAAACAAAUACGGAACAAAUUGCAUUGAUAUUUUAAAGGCUUGUGAUUGUGUACAUAGCAAUGGUCUUGGGAGGAGCAGUUAACUUCUAGAGUUAUUCCUGGUGACAAGGGAGGGAAGAGCAGUUUGUAAAGUUAUUCCUGGUGUCAAGGGAGGGAAGAGCAGUUUGUAAAGUUAUUCCUGGUGACAAGGGAGGGAAGAGCUGUUUGUAAAGUUAUUCCUGGUGUCAAGGGAGGGAAGAACAGUUUGUAAAGUUAUUUUUGGUGACAAGGGAGGGAAGAGCAGUUUGUAAAGUUAUUCCUGGUGACA